AAUCAAAUAAAAAAUUCGCUCAAAAUGACAUUCUAACAUCAACAACAUUCUUUUGGAAGGAAAUGGGUUUGUCUUCAAAAAGGAAUCCUGUAAUUUAUCCAGUGAAAUGAUGAAAUUACGAUGUAGUGCUGGCUAAUUUAACUAGCGAUAAGAUUGAGGUAGAUACGGAAGCUCGAUCUGAAAGUAGGUAGUUUGCCGUUACGGUAACCUUUGACCCUCUCUGAAAUCUACACAGUGUACAAUCGUAUUGCGUUACUCGUUUUUCAACCAGAGUGAGUCGGCCUGAGGUAUUUCUUGUGGUACGGACGGAUUUGCUUUAUGUUAAUCAUUUGUAAGUCAUGAUACUGUCGAUGGAUAUAGGAUUAUUGCCUUCAAGUUGAUAAAAUGAACUCAGGAUUUUGAUGCCAAUUACAGAGGUUGAAGGGACUAAAAUCGAAUUUCCUCUUCGUUAACAGAGAUGAAUUGCUGACCCAGAUAUAUAAUUUAUUCCAUGUUUCAUUUUAAGCCGAAAAAGUAGCUCUUGUUUAAUUAAUCAACAAUGAAGACUUUUGGAUAUUCUCCUUGCUGUGCUGUUAUAGUGACUUUCUUAACCGUUGUGAAAGCAACUUAUUUCAAAACACAACUCCAGGCUCUUCGGAGAACACCGGUUUACUACCCUUAUAGACAGAUGACGAGAAACAGCAACGGUAACUAUUGCAGUAAAUCUAUUAUCACAUAUCAGUCCAAGUGGUGUUGGGACCAAUUGCAGCAUAAAUGGAUACCUAGACAACAACCAGUAAGAAAGAUGGUAAAAGAAUGUUGUCCAGGAUAUGAAGGAAGAAACUGCGAAAAACUUUGUUUUACUUGUGAUCAAUAUCAUAAAUUAAGGAAUCAAGUAACAACGUUAGAACGAGAAUUACGAAAUAAAGGCAACACAACCACAAUAAUAACUGGUAGAGGAAGAAAAGGAGAACCAGGGUUUCCUGGCCCCCCAGGGCCACGUGGUCCAGAAGGGGAAACAGGAUUGGUUGGAUUGCCAGGUCAGAAAGGGGAUCCAGGAGUACCAGGACCACCUGGAUUUUCGGGUGAAAGAGGAAAAGAUGGAUUACCUGGAGAGCCUGGAAAACAAGGAAGCAAAGGAAACCCUGGCGCCAUAGGUCCUAGUGGGCCCCCAGGACUGCCAGGCUCGGACGGGAUCAGGGGCCCUCCAGGGGUGUCCGGACUGAAGGGUGAAAAGGGUGAUGCUGCAGAGGACGGGAUUACAGUUGACCAGUAUACGUUCCUAGUUGAAAAAAUUGAUAAUUUUGAAAACAAGAAUGGUUUACCUGGUAAAGAAGGUCCGCAGGGUCCUCCUGGACCUCCUGGCCCCGAGGGUUUACAGGGACAAUCUGGAAUACCUGGAGUGAAAGGAAACCCAGGGGAGAGAGGCUUUCCAGGAGAAAGAGGUCCACAAGGAUCUAUAGGACUCCCAGGAGAACGCGGUAGAGAUGGGCGACCUGGAUCCAAGGGCGAACGAGGGGAAGCAGGCCUGCCAGGAGCUCCUGGGCCAAUGGGUCCCACAGGAACGACGGGAAUUACUGGUGAGCCUGGUCGCCCAGGGAACCCAGGAUUACCCGGACCUCAGGGUGAAAAAGGAGAAGCUUCACAAUUUCCUAUUUCAGUUGCUGAAUACAAACUUCUGGUGAAUCGUGUAGAGGAACUAGAGAAAACAGUAGCUAUAUGCUGUGCUCCAUCAACAACUCCCCUGAUCACCACGACACAGUUCCAGUGUGAAUCUAACCAGCAUCAAUGUGGUGGCACUAAUCCAAGAUGUAUACCUCAAGACUUCGUUUGUGAUGGACUGGGAGACUGUGAUGACCAAUCGGAUGAAUCACCAGAUCUUUGUGGGAAAACUCGACCAACUUGCCCAGAAGGCUUGUUUGCCUGUAACAACGGCCAGUGCGUGAGAUCAGAUGCAAAAUGUAACGGGGCUCCUGAUUGUGCAGAUUUAAGUGACGAGGCAAACUGUCCAGAUGAGGACAUUGAAAUAAGUGGAGAUAAUGUAAACCGAGGUGACAUACCAAAAAAAUAAUCCAAAAAGGCUUAUCACAUUACCUUGCCGCACGCCACGGUUGUAUUUUUGGAGUGAGAAUUCUUCACAACACCGCCAACUAUGGAGAUUUAUUGACAUUUUCAUUUAUGUUUUAUUGAUGUUUUUUUUAAAAAAAUAAUCUUUUGAUACAUUUAUAAACUCGUAUAUCUUGAGCACUGUUUAAAAUAAUGUCUGUAUACUUCGUAAUUAUGUAAUAAUUUUUAACAAGAUUACUUUUACUAAUCGUAUCAUUUAAUAAUUCAAAAAUUUAUAUCCAUUUCUAAAAUACAAUAAAAUAUUUGUAGCCAAA